GCCGCUCGUAACAUUCGGUGGCCGACAAUCUUCUAAGAAUCAAACAAGUUCUUUUCGUUCGCCCGAAAGAGAACGAAAACAGAUCAACGCGCCAACAUGGUUUCCAUCCGUCUUAUCAUGGCUCUUGCUGUUAUCAUGGUAGCUUUCGUCAUUAGCGCAAAUGCUGCCUACAAGAAACCACCUUUCAACGGUAGCAUAUUCGGCAAACGAUCUAACACUGUGACUGAUUACGAAGUUACCAGCCGCGCUCUGUCAGCUAUUUGCGAGGUCGCUAGCGAGACCUGUACCGCUUGGCUGUCUCAUCAAGAAUCCAACUGAAGAUGAAAAACCGACCGAGAUGAUCUACGAUUCUCGCCGACUGAUCGACCCAUGAAACAAUGUAAUUAACCGAACUCCUGUAAAGUACCCGCAAUCAUGCGCUUCAAUGUUCGUUACAUUAUUUUCUAUCAAUAAUCAUUAUGUAUCAUAUCUAAUCGUAAUUUAUAUCUAAACAAUAUUGUAAUUACGAUGGUUUAAGCUUCCACGAUCUAGCUUUGUUUAUCAAAAGUGUUCCAAAUAAAAUAUUAUGAUUUCAGAAGCUAA